GGUUGUUUUCGUCUCUCCUGGAAAGUGAACGGUCCUUUCCAUUUCAAAGCCAAGCAAAGGGGCGAGGAUUCUUUUGUCUCUUUGAUUUUUGUUCCUCCUUUCUCUCCUCACCGGACACUUGGGGUCUUUUGCAAUCACCACGCCUCACCCCUAUUCCGCUCUUGAGCCAUCUCUUACUUUUUGCACCCUUUAAAGACGGAAUGCUGGAAGGAAUGCCGCUCCUACUGACAGCUUCCAAGUACAUCUGAGUAAACCAGGCAGAAAGAGGAACCCUCCACUAAGAAAAAAAAAAGGGGAGAAAUGAGCCCUUUUCAGCAGGGAAUAUUACUGUUGCUCUUCUUAUUCCUAGAGUAUUCAGAAGCCAAAAAGCAAUGCUGGUACUUUGAGGGGGUGUAUCCUACAUAUUAUAUAUGUCGAUCCUAUGAAGAUUGUUGUGGUUCAAGAUGCUGCGUGAGAAGUCUGUUGAUCCAGCGACUAUGGUAUUUUUGGUUCCUUCUGAUGAUGGGAGUUCUAUUUUGCUGUGGGGCUGGUUUCUUUAUCCGAAGAAGGAUGUAUCCUCCACCACUGGUUGAUGAAACAACUUAUAAUGUGUCGUUCACUCGGCCACCUAACUCCAGUACACCAGGAGUCCAGCAGCCAGGAAUGGCUUAUUAUGCAAAUCCAGAAGGAAUCAUGAUGAAUCCUAUGGCCAUGAGUUACCAUGUCCAACCUAAGUCUCCACAAAUGAACCAGCUUUAUCCCCGUCCACCUUCUUACUGCAACACCCCACCCCCAUCAUAUGAUCAGGCUGUGAAAUCUUCCACAUAAUCUCUUUUUUGAAACCCGCAGGACCUUAGUCACAAAGAAGAUAAAUCGUGGGCUGAGCUGAAGACUUCUCAGACCUCUACCAUCCUUUGCUAUUGUUCCAACUAGAAUACUUUGGACAAUAAUGAUGGCACAGGACAAAUUAAGUUUUGACAUAUUCAAAAUAAAAGUUUUUUGUGUGCUUCCCUUCUGAAACUUAUAUUUAAAUGCCCUUUGCCGGCCUUUUUAAUUUAUUUUCUUUAUGAUUUUGAUGCAUAUAGUAACAUGUUUGAGGGAACAAAUGGUAGCAAACACAAAACAAUUGAAAACUCUAGGAAGAUAUUGUAUCAUUUUACAAAUGAAAAGAGAAAAAAAUGAUGAUGACGGACUGAAGACAGUUGAAUUAGUUGAAGCAGAUGAACUUGUUAAUAAAGCUUAGAUAAAUAACGUGUUGAUAAAGGAAACUUGAAGGAACUGUAGUACACUAUGUGGAAAACUUCAUGUAAGAAUAAAAUCCCUUUGUUUCACUAGUACCAACAUUGGAGGGAAGAAUAUUAUAAAAUCUCCUAUCCUACCAGUUUGUUGAAGAUGGGCUGCCAAAAAUAAGAAAAUACAUUAUCCUUUUGGGACUGCCUAUUGUUGAUUUGGGAUGGAAUGAAAAAUGCUAUUGAGGGUCAACAGUAAUUUGUCAAGAUAGAGUAAUACAAAAAUUAAUGUCUAGAAAAUACUGCUUAUGUAAAGAAAAAGUUUGGAGUUUUUAUAUUGAUUCAGGGGACCUUUUUACAACUGUGUUUUGGCAUACACUGUUUUUAGAGAUAUUCCUAAUUGGAUAUGAGGGGUGCAUCCGAAACAAGAGAACUCAGUAAGAAAUCCUAGUUGGUCUGAUUAGAAACGUGGGCUUUGACAUUGGAGACUUAUUUCCACACAACUUUUUCCUGGGUUGGGGGUUGGGUACAUGGUUAUUUAUUCAGAGUGAAAAUCUUACUGAAAUUGAGAUUUGCGAGGUACUGAAAAGUGAUUGCAUAUUCUCCAGUGUAAUAACAGCAUCAUGUAGAAAUCCACAGGCAUAAAUCUCAUUGUAUGAGUCUCAAUUUCCAUAGAUUUUUCUCAUUUGGCUGUUGACAGCCCAGGCUCAAAACCUGAACUCUGUAUGAUAGGGUGAGCUCCUGUUACUUUUCUCAGCUCCUGCCCACUUAGCAGUUCGAAAACAUCCAAAUGCAAGUAGAUAAAUGAAUAACACUAUGAUGGGAAUGUAACAGUGUUCCAGGUGCUUCAGCGUAUAGUCAUGUUGGCUAUAUGAUCGCAGAAAAUGUUUUUAGACAACGGUGGUCUCCUUGGCUAAGAAAAGAAAUUGAGCACUGUCCCCUAAAGUCAGACAUGACUGGACAGGGGAAACCUUUACCUUUACCAGCAUUAGAAAUAUUUAGGAGCUCAGCUCCUAGAUCUUUUUUCCACUAAAGAAUAAAUGAAACUUUCUCAAGGUUAUUAGGAUAUAUCUGGAUAGUUUUUCUUUUAGCUAGGCUUCUGCAGCUAAAAUGGGAAAGCUGGACAAUUGUAAAUUCUUCCCUUUAUAAGUGAUGUAUAGCAGAAUGACAUUCAAUUGAAGGGAGAAGAAAACGAUAUGAUGCUAUGGAUGCUUAUAUGAAUGGAUAAUAUAUCCACCAUCUAUCCAUAACAUUGCACUUUAAAAAUGAUUUUUUAAGGUAAUCUGUAAGAUCUGAAGGAGUAUCUGAGAGGCACCUCCAUCUUUGGAGUCAGUAUUCAAAUGAGACUUUGAUUUUAAUUAAUUCAGUACUUUGAAUGAAUAUAUGUCAUUUUCAUUGUGUAUUGGUCAAAUGAAUAUAUUUUGAAAAAAGUGAAACUGCACAUUUACAUUUUAGACAUAUAUCUAAACUAUUUUAAAUAUUUGUGUACAAUAUACAAAAGAUUUGCAUCAAUGCAAACAUAUAUGAGCAAUUUUUAUCAAGAAGCAAGAUUGCUGGAUCAGAUUUUUUUCUACCUAAGCUUCUGUAAUAUAUGAAACUUCCCUGAGGUUAUAAUUCUUAAAAAUAGUAAGAAAGAAGUUAUUGCUAUUCAAUUUCAGUGUCUUGCUUCUGAGUUGAGUGUAGAUGAUUAAAUUCUAGAUAAUUUGCAUUUCAUGAAUUUCAAGUUUACUUUAUUAGCAUUUCUUGAGUAUUUAAAUUGGGCUGCAGUUCCAUUCUUCAGUUUCAGAUGUAAUCAAACUUUUGAACAUUUUUUGAACUAUACAUCUCAACUUUAGCCUUUAAUCUGAAAUAACUAUUUUAUGUGCUGUUCCCUGAAUAUUACUUUUAGUUUUAAUUACAAGGGUCAACUGCUGUGCUAGGUUAGAAACUUUGACAGGAUCAAAGAUAAUAUAAUAACAAUGUAAUAUCAUCUUAAGAUUGCAAUGUUCAACCUGUAGAACCUUCAUUCAUGAUGAAAUAUUAUUUGUCAAGUUAUUGUGAUUGAAUAUAGUAAAGUAACAACUACUGAACAAUAAUGAAGUCUGAAAAAAAUCAAUUGAUGCCCCAGUUCUUGAAAAAAUACUUUUAUUAUGUAUAGAUCUAUAGAUUUGAGAAAGGAACUAUUAUUGUUGCAGUGGUUUUUGCUGCAGAAUAAAACUUUAGUUAAAUUCUUUCUGAAAUUCACUGGUUUAAGAACACUAAGUAGCAAAUGAUAAAGUGAAAAGCCAUUAGUACAAAUUGAGUUAAUGGGAAUUUUAUCUAUUAUCUUGCAAAAUUAAGUCCUAAAGAUAUCAAAGAGAAAUGAUGACAUAUUGAGCCUUUUCACUUUAUCAGAUCAUGAUCUAUUGAUAGGCUCCAGAUUUUUCUCAAUGUAAAAUAAGAUUUCUCUAAUGAGGAAACAACAAUUGAUUGAAGCUACAAAAUGUGGUUGUAAAAUUCAAAAUCUGCAAUUGUACAAUUUUCAAUUAUAUGCAUCAUUCAUUCUAGCUUUGCUCUCAAAAUCUAUAAAAAAACAGCAUAGUUAUAAUUACAUGCCUGAUUCAAAAAAAUAACUUACAAAGUAUAGCUGUAGGACUUAUUUUGAGAAUUCAAGAUUAGAAAAAAGGACUAGAAAAUACACAUCAUACAAUACAAUACUGUAUGUAUAUUAAAUUCUAUUCUAUUUUAAUGAUUCUUAUUUUUAAAAUAAUACUUAUCAAGAAGUUUCUAAGAUACAAAUAUACCAUAAAAACUAUUUGUAGUUUUCUAAAAACAUGUAGAAAAUAAUAAAAUGUAGGCCAUCCUUUUAUAGAAAAUGAUUCAGCUCAUAUUCUAUUAUACAUGUUGACGUGAGUUCCUUGCUAUAUACCCCCAGAGAGAUAUUUUAGCUAUAUAAAAGUUCCAAUACACCAAUAUUAAUCAUUUUUGGAAAAAUUGUGGGUCAUUAUUAUGUAAUUUAAGAGAACAGUUUGGUUCUCAAGUUAUUACAGAGGAAGUUUACAAACAUUUUGCUGCAUAGUAUCUAUUACUUUGAUUUAUCACACAAACUGUAUAAUAUGAAUAAAUUUUUGGGCUGUGUUUUUUCUAAGUGCAGGUAGGGAUGGGAUCACAUGGAAAAAAGUCAUGCAUUAAAAAUGAACACGUCAAGAAAAAGAUUAAUCCCAUUUUGGUUCAUUUUAUGCAUUGAAGAGUUUAUGCAUUU